AUGUCCACAUUAAAGUACUUCGCCCUCGUCGGCACACUCCUCGCACUUCUCAGUGGCACCACAGCUAUAUCAGAAUCAUCUCCCAGCCAAAGCUCGAAACGUGAUGAUACCUGCCAUUUUUCCAACUUCCAAUGGGCCCUCAUCGACUGCUACUACGACUUUGGCACCGGCGCAGACUGGUGCCGCGGUGUCGUCGCUAACAUGGUUGGCGAAUGUGGACGGAAUCCUCCCAACGUUGCAGUCAUCACAGACGAUUGGAGCACUCGCAACGACUAUCUCACUAGGCUGGCCUCGGGCAUUGAUAUGAACUUCCACUGGCAGUGGCCGUGGUCGACGGAUGAUGGAAACUCGGCGUGCAUUGGAACGACCAUUCAGAAGGCGACUUGUGAUGGUGGUGUUACGUUUGUGAAUGGAAGUUGUUAUUUGAGAUCGACGAUCUGA